AUGAACUCGAUAGAAGAGAUUGAAAAGCUACAACAAGAGAUAGAUGAGAUUUCUCGAGAUAUACUUCUAAUUGAAAAAGACAUAGCUAGUAAUCAACUAACUAAACAACAACUAAUACAAGAUAUAUCAUCAAUACAACCAUCCAAUUCAAUUCAUACAGAAACAAAUGAUGAAGAACCUAUAGAUUUAGAUAUCCCAGAAACUAUAAAACAUAACUACUUAGAUGAAUCAAUCAUGAAAUAUUUCCAACCAAAACUACAGCAACAGAAUAAAUCGAUGUUACUGGGACAACAACAACAACCAACAUUACCAAUUUACGAUAUUGAAUUGAAAGAAAACAUUCUUUAUGAAAAUAUCUAUCGUAUGUUUGGAAUAACUUCAUUUCCAAUAAAUCAAUAUCUAUUUCUAAAUAAUCAAGAAUCAAUAUUAGGUUUAAGAUUUGAGAUUUUUUCAAAUUUUAAUCAUUCUUAUAAUCUUCCUUACUAUUGUAUACUUAAAAAAACAACUACUAUUAAAGAUGAAACAAGUAUAGAUAAUUGGAUGAUUUAUAAACAUACAUUACCUUCAUUUAUAAAUUUAGAUGAUUUAUCUAUAAUAUUGAAUAGAUUUGGAUUUACUGAUCAAGAAAAUUUAACAAAAUUCCUGGAUUGUAUAUAUGAAAUAUUGAAUAAAAUUCAAUAUAAAAUUGAUAAAUUUGAAAAAUUGAUGAAUUUUUCUAAAAAUCAAUUUGGAUUAAUAAGUGAAAGUCCUAUAUUUGAUAAGAUAAAUUAUGAUUUACAAUGUCAAAGAAUAACAUUAUCAUUUAAUAAAUUGAAUCUAGAAUUGGUUUGUUCUGAAGAUACAAUUCAAGUUGCUAAUUUUGGAACUCUGGGGAAUAAUCUUGAAGAUAGAUUAGAUAAUCAAUUGCUCAUGUGUAAAACUAUUCUUGAGAAUUGUAAAAUUAGCAACCUCGUAAAGAAUUUUAAGAAAGUUAUACAAAUAUUGAUAAAAUACAGAAUAAUUCAAUAA